GCCAAGAACAAAUCUAUGCACACCGCCACCAACUACUAUCUGUUCAAUCUGGCCGUGUCGGACUUUCUGCUCCUGGUGUUCGGAAUGCCACAGGAGCUGUAUGCAACUUGGAAUCCCCUGUCGUACCCGUUCAACCAGAUUGCCUGCAUCAUAACGGGGCUGAUGGCGGAAACGGCUGCCAAUGCGACGGUCCUCACCAUCACCACGUUCACCGUCGAGCGGUACAUCGCAAUCUGUCACCCGUUCCGCUCACACACCAUGUCGAAGCUAUCGAGAGCGGUUCGAUUCGUCAUCGUCAUCUGGCUGGUGGCGUUCGGGUUGGCCACCCCGCAAGCGCUACAGUUUGGCAUCGUGGAAACACCCAACAGCCGCCUCUGUACGAUCAAAAAUCGGCACUUUGUGCACGCGUUCGAGGUUUCCAGCUUCCUGUUCUUCGUGGGCCCGAUGACGUUGAUAGCGGUCCUGUACGUGCUGAUUGGAAUUAAACUACGGAAAAGCAAAUUACUGCAGGGUGUUAAACGUGCAUCCACCGACUAUACUGCCCGGUCCCGGGGCGUGAGUGCCCAAACUCGGGUCAUUCGCAUGCUGGUGGCCGUCGUGGCAAUGUUCUUCAUCUGCUGGGCUCCGUUUCACGCCCAGCGCCUAAUGGCCGUCUACGGUGCGUUUACCAACACGGACAGCAUUUUCUUCUACGACGUCUACACGGCGCUGAACUUCAUCUCCGGCAUACUGUACUUCCUGUCAACCUGCAUCAAUCCGCUGCUGUACAACAUUAUGAGCCACAAGUUUCGGGACGCGUCGAGACACACGCUGAAAGUCAAUUGUUGUGGCGAUAGUCGCGCGAAGCUGGAUGGACAUCAGCACACAUACAGUGCCGUUUCACGAUACGGAGUGACUGGUGUCGGUUCGUUCAAGCAUAACGCGAAUAAUAUGACCUGCGUCGGUGCUGGCAUCAAUCUGGGCCCGACGGGCCACAGUGUUCCUGGAAAUCUACUGGGAGUAGCCCCGUUGACGACCUCCGGUACCGAUAAUCCCGCCAAGCGACACACCGAACUCCGUCACCAAGAGUCGGACAUGUCGCUACUGACAAACGAUCGCAUUAGUACACCGCCGGGUCGAUUUACGCGCGCCGAGUUUCAUUGCGUCUCGAUCAGUAGCAGCCAGUCGACCACAGGGACGACCAACUUCAGCAGCAACGGUCGACUGAAUCGCUCAAAUGGUUCCAUUCGGCCGGAUGGUGCACCCCCCGAUAGUGAAACAUCGGGGCGUCUGUCAACGAUCGCAGAGAAGCUGCGCCGUGGUACAAAAAAGGUUUUGGCAUUUAGUAAAUCGCCCGUCAACACACCGUGCCAGACGGGAACCGGGCAGGGAAGCGAGCGACGGAAGGCGCACCGCAAACGGAACAGUUGCGACAGUGUCGACACGAAUACCAUUAGCAACUCGAGCUUGAAAGAGUUCGACGAGGAGGAGUUUUCCAGUGCGGAACUGGCCCGCUUCAUGGCCGAGGUGAACAGUGAGAUUCGCUAA